ACAUCAAAACUCAAAACCCUAAAGCGCCGUAGCAGUAGGUUUAUAUCUUCUUAGUUUCUUCUCUGUGCAUCGUCCACCCAGUAUCCUCAACCAUGGCCGUCGGGAAGAACAAGCGGAUCUCUAAGGGAAGAAAGGGAGGCAAGAAGAAGAUUGUUGAUCCUUUCUCCAAGAAGGAUUGGUAUGAUAUCAAGGCUCCCUCUCUCUUCACUCAGAGAAAUGUCGGAAAGACACUUGUUUCCAGAACUCAGGGUACCAAGAUUGCAUCAGAGGGUCUGAAACACAGAGUUUUCGAGGUUUCCCUUGCUGAUCUCAACAAGGAUGAGGACCAAGCUUACAGGAAGAUCCGUCUCAGAGCCGAAGAUGUCCAGGGAAGGAACAUCUUGACCCAGUUCUGGGGUAUGGACUUCACAACCGACAAGCUCAGGUCCUUGGUUAAAAAGUGGCAGACUUUGAUCGAGUCUCAUGUCGAUGUUAAGACCACCGAUAACUACACCCUCAGGCUAUUCUGCAUCGCCUUCACCAAGAGACGUGCUAACCAAGUCAAGAGAACUUGCUACGCUCAAUCCAGCCAGAUCCGUCAGAUCCGCAGCAAGAUGAGGGAGAUCAUGAUCAAGGAAGCCUCCUCUUGUGACCUCAAGGAGCUUGUUGCCAAGUUUAUUCCAGAAUCUAUCGGAAAGGAUAUUGAGAAGGCAACUCAGGGCAUCUACCCUCUUCAGAAUGUCUUCAUCCGCAAAGUCAAGAUCCUCAAGGCUCCCAAAUUCGACCUUGGAAAGCUCAUGGAGGUUCACGGAGACUACACAGCAGAGGAUGUCGGUGUGAAGGUAGACAGGCCGGCUGAUGAGAUUGUCGAGGAACCAACUGAGAUUAUUGGAGCUUAAGAGAGGGUUUUUGAAGAAAUGUCAAAACUGAGAGAUCGUUUUUUCAUCUAAAACUUUUUAGUAUCUUUAUUGUUUUGUCCUCUCUUCACACUCGUUUGAUUCCCCAGCUUCUUUUUGGUGUAUUGAUGACUUUUUUAGUAUGAACUUGCGAGUUUUGGAUAAUUUAUGCAAAACGAUUUUUCUCAAA